AACUCUUAUAUUGACAAACAACAAAUUAUUUGGUUUCGAGGGAAAGAUGUUGCUGAGAUCCUUGGUUAUAGUAAAACAAGAGAUGCAUUAUCAAGACAUGUUGAUAAUGAGGAUAAAAAACAAUUAUUUACUUAUCAUACCAGCGUCCACAAAACGGGGACGGUGGCUUCAAGUGGUAGUAUGUGCACUUAUAUAAAUGAAUCCGGUUUCUACUCUCUCGUUCUUUCAUCAAAAUUAGAAACCGCAAAAAAGUUUAAACGCUGGAUUACCUCAGAAGUAUUACCAUCAAUUCGUAAAUACGGGCAAUAUAAUCUAUUUGAUAGUCCAUGGAAUAAAAUGAUAAUGAUUAGUAAUGAAAGAGACCUUCAUUACAAAGUUGUUCAACUGAUUAGAAAUUAUUAUCCUAAUUCUUUAUUAGUAGCUGGAUUGGGAGAGAAUCAAGAUACAGAGGAAAAAAGACUAGAUUCAUAUAAGAAAGGCUAUCAGCGUGGCCAACCUGAUCUGAUGAUUCUCGAUUACCAUAAAUAUUACAAAGGUCUAUGUAUAGAAUUCAAAUCACCAACUAACAAUUACGAAGUAUCAGAAUCUCAAAUGAAAAUGAAAGAGAAAUAUUGUAAAAAUGAAUACGCGUUUAUUCUCAGCAAUGAUUACGAUAAGAUCAGCAAACUAAUACAUAAGUAUAUG